AUGCAUGUUUCUCGAAGACAAUUUCCUCUACCACAGGGAUUGCACCGACUCACCAUGGCGAGUUUAGGACCUAUUUGCUGGGACAACUACAAGGACAUUUUGGAGGACUUAUACCUACAUCAAAACAUGAGCCUCAAAGAGGUGCGGACGACGAUGAUUCCGAAGGGGCUGGAAGCGACGGAGUGUCAAUACGAGGCUCAGUUCAAAGAAUGGGGAUUCCGUAAGAAGUUGAAGAAGGAGGAAUGGAGGAUCGUGGGUUACAAGACACUAAAAAGGAAAAGAGAGCAAAAGGAAACAGAAAUGCUCCUGAACAAACGAGUCAUCUGUCCAAAGAAGUUCAAAAGGCAAUGCUCCCGAUAUAUGAGACUGUCGGAAAUGACGGGCAUAACCAAUGAAGGACCACCACCAAAAACCCCCGAUGGAGUAAAGCUUCGAACACCACAGACAGAGGCCGCACCACAGGAACUCGCCUUGAUACAAUCCCCGGCUUUGACUGUUGACCCGCUGACAAUCCAAGCGUGUUCGAAAGGACUGGACCAAAGUGUACAAGAAAAACGUAGCCUAGGCUUGAUCAACCAGGCUAUGGAAGCCAUGAACCCUGCGCAUCGCAGUCAAACAGCAGUGGAGGAGGCCUUCCGGCUCUUUGUAUAUCUGGCUGCAAACAAGCUAAUUAACAUCGAUGAUGAAAAAUACGAAGCCCUGUAUGGCCAACUCCGAAGCUACUUCCCCCCAGCUGCUUGGAAGUGCAUGUUCUCUAUAAGAAGCCCAGCUGUUGAAGCACUUGCUGAAAGCCUCUUCCCUCUUGCUGUAAAGGCUGGAGAUGCCGUCACGGUGCAGGAAAUACUGCAACAUACUACAAUAGACCCCGACACACGGAUCGACUUACCGGACUUACAAACUCCGCGGAUCGACUUCCUGGACUUACCACCUCCGCGGAUCGGCUUAACGAACUUACAAACUCCGCUUCAGUUUGCAUGUACGCAAGGGUUUCUGGAGCUCGUGAGAGUGUUAUUGGACGCUAGAGCGGAUGUCAACAAGUUUCCUGCUCUUUCUUGUGCUUUAAGAGUUCGUUUCGCCGGCGGUCAUGGCGCUGCAUUGGUUAAAAUUCUUUUACAGGCUGGGGCUAAUGUCAACCCUGCAACUGGCGAUUUCCCGCUCUCAGUAGCUGCUGCUAAUGGGGAUGCUCUAGCAGUCUCACUUCUUCUUGAUGCAGGCGCCAAUGUGAAUCCUCUGUUUAAAACGCCUCCAUUAGUACAUGCUCUUAGGUCUUCCCUUAAUAACGUUGAAAAUGUCACUGCUGUCGUUUUCCAGCUCCUAGAGGCUGGAGCGAUGAUAGAUGGGCCAAUGUGGAACGUUGAUCUGCCCGAGGAGGAGGAUAAUUGGGAUACUAUGCUGGAAUUAGCAGCAGAGCUUAAUGGAGAUAUCGAAGUAAUCAGCCUUCUCAUGGAAUACGGAGCCCCCGUAUCUGAUGGACUUAUGGAAAUUGCGAGCUCGUAUGGGGACAUUGACGUGUUGCAGCUUUUGCUUGAGCGCGGAGUGCGACCUCCACGCAAACUUGAUUAUUUGACCGAGGAAAUGGCAAAGCUAUUUAUGAAAUACGAACCAUGGAAUAGUGUGCAAGCGCUCAUAUACGCCGCUUACACUGGGGACAAUGACCUUAUCAAAUCGGUUUUCGAGGCUGGGGCACCCGUUACUCCAUCAGCGCUGGAGAGAAUGAUCGGAGAAGUGGACAAUGCAAUGGUAAUAGCCUUCCUGAACGCUGCAGCAGAUGAGCGUAAACAGGAUUGUUUCAAGGCUGUCCUAUGUAAGGCCAUCCUAGUCAAAGACGCGGGCCUUAUUGAAGCGUUACAUGCACUAGAGGGAGAGUUUGAACUUCAUAGUGCUUUUCGGUUGGAUGCCAAAUUCCGACAUGCUGCCCAAGAGAACUGCGUCGGUCUAUUUCGCGCGCUUAUUGGCCCUAAAUCUCGGUUUCGGCCAAACGCCAUCGAACAUCUAAAAGGAUCAUUAAUCGAAGCGAUCUUGCGCGAAAGCAGAGAUGUUAUCGAGAUCCUCUUACGGACAUGCCCUAUAGAAAUUUUGGGGGAUGGCCCACAUUUACUCGCAGCCGCAAUAAAAAAGAGAAAUACAGAGCUUUUCCACCACCUAUUGAGAAGCGGUGUGGCCGUGAAUGAGAUUAAGCAGCAGGGAUUGAAGGGGGAAGAUGUAGAGCACCGAACAGUCCUCUCCGAAGCUGUUGACACAGGCGAUUUUUUGAUUAUCCGUGAACUCAUCUAUGCUGGAGCAGAUCUAAAUGCAAAAGGACUAUAUUCAGACAGAACACCGCUAUCCUUGGCAGUUGAAAACGGAGACGUUGCCAUUAUAAAUAUCUUGAUAGAAGCCGGCGCUGAUAUCAAUGCCCCGCAUGCGAUGCUUUCAGGAUCUAGCGCGCUUUUCGAGGCCGUCUGGAAAGGCAGCCUCUUGCUUGUCCAGAAAUUGCUUGACCACGGGGCCAACAUAGAUGAGACAGCACUUGUAGCAGCAGUUUUUAGGCCAACUUCUAUACUUCUGCUGCUUUUACAGACUCAUCAGGCUCGCUAUCGAAUCAUCCCCCAUGGCUAUGGUUGUGAGGCUCUCCAGUUAGCUAUCACAGAUAAUCAAAGGGACAAGACCGAGGCAUUGCUCAAAUUUGGGGUUCAAGUGAAUUGGAUUGCUAGGGCCAAACCCGGUCUCAAAGGCUAUUCGUUCUUGGAGGCUAAACUUCACUACGGGUUAUCAGCCCUUGGUGUUGCCGUGGAAGGGAUGGGCCAUAUCGAUCCUUUCAUUGUCACAUUAAUCCUUAAUUCCCCGAAUUUGAAAAUCAAUGCACUUGCAAAGACACAGCCCUCCAGAACGGGGCUUGAUCUGGCUAUCGAGCAGAAUAGUGUUCUGGCGGUUGGAGAACUAAUCAAGCUUGGAGCGGAUGUGAACAAGGCUGCUACCCAGGACCUUCGCCGCACACCUCUUCAAUUAGCCGCAGAAACGAGCAGCUUUGAUAUCGUCCAAUUACUCCUGCACCACGGAGCCAAAGUCAAUGCUCCCGCCUUCAUAACAUAUGGCGCUACUGUCCUCCAAUUGGCCAGCAUUCGAGGUAAUAUUGAGAUGGCGCAGUUGUUGCUGGAAGCAGGGGCUGAAGUUAAUGCCUUACCCGCAGAAGUCGGAGGAAGGACGGCGAUUGAAGGCGCGGCAGAACAUGGACGUAUAGAUAUGGUGAUGUUCCUUCUAAUGAGUGGUGCCGAUAUCAUGAGCUCCGGUCGUGUGCAGUACAAACGCGCAAGGGAAUUUGCUUUGCAAAACGGCCACUUGGCUAUCUGUCGGUUACUUGAUACAUUUGCUGACCCACAGGAUGCUGGAAUAUGA